CCCGGAGGGCGGCCGGUGGGUGGGAGCCCGCCUGUCCCUGUCAGCGGCUUCUCCCUAGGGUGGCAUCUCUCUCAGUGAAGUCCGCCCCGGCUCCUCUCACUGUUCUUCUGCCGCUAGACUCGGCGCUGUGACGCCAGGAGGGCAGGGCUAGCUCGCUGUUCGGUUCAUGACUGUCUCUAAUAGUUCGAACGGCGCCAGGUGCGCGGUCAUGGAGGACACUCAGGCUGUUACCUGGGAGGUUGAAGAAGAGGAGGAGACAGAGAGACCCAGUGACUCCUUGGGGUGUAGCCUGGAGCCCCUAGGACGACUGCAUGUCUUCAGUAGUGCCCAUGGACCAGAAAAAGAUUUCCCACUCUACCUCGGGAAAAACGUGGUAGGCCGAAUGCCUGAUUGCUCUGUGGCCCUGCCCUUUCCAUCCAUCUCCAAGCAACAUGCAGUGAUUGAAAUCUUGGCCUGGGACAAGGCACCUGUCCUCUGGGAUUGUGGGAGCCUCAAUGGUACUCAAAUCCUGAGGCCUCCUAAGUUCCUGAGCCCUGGGGUGAGUCAUCGUCUGAGGGACCAGGAGUUGGUUGUCUUUGCUGACUUGCCCUGCCAGUACCAUCGCCUGGAUGUCUCCCUGCCCUUUGUCUCCCGGGGCCCCCUAACUGUAGAGGAGACACCCAGGGUACAGGGAGGAACUCAACCCUGGGGGAUCCUAUUGGCUGAGGACUCAGAAGAGGAAGUAGAUCCUCUUUCUGAAAGGCAUGUGGUGAACGAACCAAGGACCAUGUUCUCCCCUUUGGCAACAGUCGUUCCAGAGAGUGAUGAAGAGGGGCCUUCUUCUGCCCCAGAUGGUCCUGGGCCACCUUAUGCCUUCAACUUGGACAGUGACACAGAUGAGGAAGGAAGUCAGCAGCCAGCAGCAGGGUGGGCCUCCGCAGCUGCCACAGGAGAUGCUACCGCAGAGACAGGGCAGCCUGAGGCUGUCAGGACUGAAAUCCAGGUGGAAAAGGACCCGUCUUUGGGGCAGGAGAGGAACAGUAACCGAAGAGUCAAGAGAGAUGCAAGCAAUGGGGUGAUUCUGGAGAGGAGCCCGCCCCCUGGGGAGGACAGUGAGACAGAUGUGGAGGAUGAGAGCAGGACUCCAGGAAAGCCAGCUGAGGGUCAUCUCGAAAGGGCCCAGCCUUCUGGCUUCAUAGACAGUGAUACUGACGUGGAAGAAGAGGGGAUUCCCACGACCCCAGCUGUGGUGCCCGUGAAAAGAAGGCAGAUCUUCCAUGGAGUUCAUGCAGAGAGCCCUGGGGGACCUGACCUGGCACAUCUUCACGAAAGCCCGGCUGGCAGUGAGACAGAUGUGGAGGAGGCUGAGGCCCCACGCACGGUCCCUCUGGAGCGAAGCCAGGCCUCCAUGGUGAGCAGCAAUGUAGAUGAUGAGGAAGGAGUGUCAGCAGCACUCACUUUGGUGCAUCUGAAGGAGAGCCGAGCCGCUGCCUGGAACAGAGAUACAGAUGUGGAAGAGGACCGAGCCCAGCCUCCGACUUUUCCUGAGCAAAGCCAAACCUCUGCUGGGAGAGACAGUGACACAGACAUGGAGGUGGAGGGCUUCCCCGUGGAAAAGAGAGGCUACGUUCCCAAGAGUCACACGGACAAAGCUCAGCCAGAAAAGAGCCCGCCUCCUUUCAGGGACAGUGACAGAGACGUGGAAGGAGAGAAGAGCUCACCCGGAGCCCUGGAGAGAAGCCAGGCCUCUGCCACAGUGGGCAUCAACACACACGUGGAAGAGGAAGUCUCCCCGGGGCCAGCUGUUACACUCCCAGAGAAGCAGGAGGUGCCCGUGGCAGGCACAAGUCCAACAAAUGUGGAAGCAGAAGGGGGCCCAGCAAAGCUGCCUGCCCUGCACCUAGAGGAAGCCCGGCCUCCUCCAGGUGGGUGCCGUGGAACAGGUGCUGCGGAGGGUGCGUCCUCCACAGUGGCAGGUGGAAGAAAGAGCCAGCUUCCAGCAGAAGGGGAUGCUGGGAGGUGGGUGGUUCCUGUCCUUCAGCCAGAGAGAGCUCUGGAGGCGGCAGCCCAGGGUGGGUCACCUUUAGCACAAGUAGAACAGGACCAUCUCCUUGUCUCAAGGGAGAACCUAACAGAUCUCUUGGUAGACACAGGUACUGCAGGGGCACCCACCCAGGCACAGAGAAAGGGAGCCCAGCCCCCCAGAGAAAGUGGGGGAGAACCACAUGUGGACAUGACCAAGGACUGUGGACACAGCCAUGAUGAUUCUGAAGAUCUAGACCAACAAGCUACCCAGUGCUUUGUGGAGAGAGAGAACCAGAGCCUGGAAGCAGUCCCGAGCAUGGAGGAUGAGCCCACCCAGGUCUUCCUGUUUGCUCCACCCCAAGAGCUUGGCCCUUCCCAUUGCAGCUUCCAGGCCUCAGGUGCCCUGGAUGAGCCUUGGGAAGUCUUGGCUACACAGCCAUUCUGUCUAAGAGAAUCUGAGGCCUCUGAGACCCAGCCCUUUGCUACCCACCUGGAGGCCCAUGGGUCUUGCCCCUUGUCACCCAGGCCAACACCUCAAGACCAACAUCUGGAAAACCCAUUUCACACAGAGCCAUUGGGGAUUCAAGGCGGAGGGUUGCAGACUUCGGAGAAAGGCAUGGGACCCCUGAAUUGCAAGAUGUCCCCGGCUGAGAAGGCUUCUAGGGGUGAUCCAGGAUCCCUAGAUGUUUGUCUGCCUCCAGCAGUCCCUGAAGCCUCAGCCCCAGUCCAAAACCCCCUCAUCCCUCAGAGCCAAAAACAUCUUGCUUCUCAGCCCCUCUUUGCUCCAUCUCCACCUUUAGAGUCGCCCAUUCCCAGCUCCAGGCAAAAUGGGAGUCAGGAAGCUCUGGAGGAUCCCUUGUCCUCAGAGCUGGACCCUCUGCAUGCAGAAUCCAAAUGCAGGCCCCAGGGGUGCUCCAGGGUGACACCCUCUCCAGCUUCUGUAGCCCCUGAGCUCCACCCUGCCCCCUCCAGAGAGCAGCCUGCCCCCCCUGAACCCACAUCUCGGGCCACGCGGGGCAGGACACAUAGGGCCUCUGUCGGGACCCCUGAAACGACUGUCCCCACAGACCAGCCUGUCCCCCCUAAGCACACAGCUCGGGCCACGCGGGGCAGGACACAUAGGGCCUCUGUCGGGACCCCUGAACCGACUGUCCCCACAGCCCCUGACCUUGAACCUCCGACCCCUACAGACCAGCCUGUCACCCCCGAGGCCAUAGCUCAGGGUGGUCGGAGCAGGACACUGAGGUCUACAAGAAGUGCUGUGCCAGUUCCUACCACCCCUGAAUCCCAGUCUCCUUUCCCCACAGACCAGCCUCUUCCCCCUGAGCCCAUCCCUCAAGCCAAUUGUAGCAGGAGGCCAAGGCUCGCUAGGCAGCCCCUCGCAGCUCCCAUUGUCUAUGAACCCUGCUCUGCACCCCUUGAGCCUAACGCCUGGCCCUCAAGGAGCCAAAGGCAAGGAGCAGUGAGAGCAACCAAGUCCCUUAGGACCAUUCCUGAGCCUGCCUUUGCCCAGCUUCCUGGGGCACCCACUCAUGCUCUCCAGAUCCAAAAGGUAGAGGCAACAGGUGGAUGUGAGUUCAGCCCAGGGUCCCAGCCUAAGGCCUUUCAAAACCACACGAAGCCUUCAGAUGCUCUGGAUUCACCCCCACUUCCAAAACGGCUGCGAAGAGAAGUCCCUCAGAAGACAGUGGUCCUCAAGGAAGAGGAGGAAGAGAAGCCAGGGAAGGAAGAGGAUGUGGUGAUGCCAGGACCAGGCAAGAGAAAGAGAGACCGGGCUGAGGAAGAACGCAAAGGAAUGCCAGUCCGUGGCCUCCGACGGACUAAACCUAACCAUGAGCCCGCAGCCCCCAAAGUGCUCUUCACAGGAGUGGUGGAUGCCCGUGGAGAGCAGGCAGUGGUGGCCCUGGGGGGAAGUCUGGCCAGCUCAGUGGCAGAGGCGUCCCACCUGGUGACUGAUCGAAUCUGCCGGACAGUCAAGUUCCUGUGUGCCCUGGGGCGGGGGAUCCCUAUCCUCUCCCUGGACUGGCUGUACCAGUCCCGCAAGGCCGGUUGCUUCUUGCCCCCGGAUGACUAUGUGGUGACUGAUCCUGAGCAGGAAAAGAACUUUGGCUUCAGCCUCCGUGACUCCCUGAGCCGGGCUCGUGAGCGAAGGCUGCUAGAGGGCUAUGAGAUUCAUGUGACUCCUGGAGUCCAGCCACCACCACCCCAGAUGGGAGAGAUCAUCAGCUGCUGUGGAGGCACUGUCCUACCCAGCAUGCCCCGGUCCUACAAGCCUCAGAGAGUUGUGAUCACAUGCUCCCAGGAUGCCCCUCGAUGCACUGCGCCUUUCCGGCUUGGGCUGCCCAUCCUCUCACCAGAGUUCCUGGAGUUUAAGGGAGUGCUGAAGCAGGAAGCCACGCCAGAGGCCUUCGUUCUCUCCACUUUGGAAAUGGCAUCCCCCUGAAGACCCCUCCCCAGGACCCUUUUUCUUCCCAGAUCAGUAAACAGAAGACACUGGGGAGAAGAACUUAGGGCUUUAGGAAGGAUUGGGGUGUACUGAUCUGAUUUGUCUUGAAACAUGAGUGGGGCUGAAAAAGCUUAUAGGAACACAAAGAUAGGGAGGUUGGGAGCCACAGAUACCUUAAGUGUGCUCAUCUUGAGGUGGACUGAUGUACCUACUGCUCAGUGCCCUGCCUCCCAUUUGGAAGCCAUCUCACUUCUCUUUGUUAUUGGAAUUCUUACUUAUCCUCCAAAACAUAGUAGAAACAAUUUCAAUGCCAGAAACUUGAAGGGAUGCUUGGAGUGAGUUAGUUUGAGGGUGGUUAAGGAAUGCUACAAAAAGAUUUACUUCUCUCCUGGCCCCAUCUUGUUAGAAGAUCCUUUAGCUUGGACUUUGAGCAAGUCUCUGCACUUUUUCAGGCCUGCUUUUCCAGUAUGUAUCAAAUUAGAGCUUAGGCUUAAACUUUAUGAUAAAUAAAUAUUCACUCUGUGCCUUA